AUGAAUGAAGGAAUAAGCCAGGCGAUUUUAGUUAGUGGCGAAAGUGGUGCUGGUAAAACAGAAAGCACAAAAUUGCUUAUGCGCUACCUUGCUUACAUGGGAGGGAGAGCUGCUGCUGAGGGCAGGACUGUUGAGCAGCAAGUCCUGGAGUCUAAUCCUGUUUUGGAAGCAUUUGGUAAUGCAAAGACUGUUAGAAACAAUAAUUCAAGUCGUUUUGGUAAGUUUGUGGAGAUUCAGUUUGAUCAGGCGGGACGGAUUUCAGGAGCUGCUAUCAGGACUUAUUUGCUAGAAAGGUCACGUGUUUGUCAGGUUUCUGAUCCUGAGAGAAAUUACCACUGCUUUUACAUGCUUUGUGCUGCACCACCUGAGGAGGUUCAAAAGUACAAAUUAGGAAAUCCGAGAACAUUCCAUUAUCUUAAUCAAUCAAAUUGCUAUGAAUUGGAUGGUGUUGAUGAUUCCAAGGAAUACAUUGCCACAAGAAGAGCAAUGGAUAUUGUUGGAAUAAGUACUGAAGAGCAGGAUGCUAUAUUUCGAGUUGUUGCUGCAGUCCUCCAUCUUGGAAACGUUGAGUUUGCAAAAGGGAAGGAAAUGGACUCAUCAGUGCCUAAAGAUGAAAAGUCUUUGUUCCAUUUAAGAACAGUUGCUGAGCUUUUAAUGUGUGAUGUGAAAGCAUUGGAAGACUCUCUUUGCAAACGUGUAAUUGUUACUCGUGAUGAAACCAUUACAAAGUGGCUGGAUCCAGAAUCUGCUGCAGUUAGUAGGGAUGCAUUGGCAAAAGUUGUGUACUCAAGGCUGUUUGAUUGGCUUGUCGAUAAGAUUAAUAGUUCAAUUGGUCAAGACCCUAACUCAAAGUUCCUAAUUGGCGUGCUGGAUAUUUAUGGAUUUGAGAGUUUCAAGACAAACAGAACUAGUACAUAUUCUGCUUAUGUGUCUCAAGUCAAGGUUGACAUCAUGUCUCGAGGCAAUAGAAUUUGUGUAAUCACACUGGUUCAAGAAACUCCACUGAGCUUCUUUCAUCCAUCAUCAUUGGAGUGGUGUGCUUGCCUGGUGGGCAUCGAGAUAGGAGCUCAUUCUCAGUUAAUGUCCUUGUCACUUUGGGAUGGCCUUGAGUAUAUGAUCGCACGUGUUGUUCUGGGUAUUUUUGAGCAAUUUUGCAUCAAUUUGACAAAUGAGAAACUUCAACAGCAUUUCAAUCAGCAUGUUUUCAAAAUGGAGCAAGAAGAAUAUACCAAAGAAGAAAUUGAUUGGAGCUACAUUGAGUUUGUUGAUAAUCAAGAUAUUCUGGAUCUCAUUGAAAAGAAGCCUGGUGGUAUAAUUGCUCUCCUGGAUGAAGCUUGUAUGUUUCCCAGAUCAACUCAUGAAACAUUCGCCCAAAAGUUAUAUCAGACGUUUAAAAACCACAAACGGUUUGCCAAACCAAAAUUAGCUCGGAGUGAUUUCACAAUCUGCCAUUAUGCCGGUGAUGUCACAUAUCAAACAGAAUUAUUCCUGGACAAGAACAAAGACUAUGUUGUUGCCGAACAUCAGGGACUCUUGGGUGCUUCCAAAUGCUCCUUCGUAUCGGGUUUGUUUCCACCUUUAGCAGAAGAAGCUUCCAAACAAUCAAAGUUCUCUUCAAUAGGUUCUCGGUUUAAGCAACAACUGCAAGCAUUACUUGAAACUCUCAGUGCAACUGAGCCGCAUUACAUUCGUUGUGUAAAGCCCAAUAACCUUCUUAAGCCAUCUAUCUUUGAGAAUAAGAAUAUUCUUCAACAACUGCGAUGUGGGGGAGUCAUGGAGGCAAUUAGAAUUAGUUGUGCUGGAUUUCCUACAAGAAAGACAUUUGAUGAAUUUGUAGACCGAUUUGGCCUUCUUGCACCUGAAGUUUUGGAUGGGAGUUCUGAUGAAGUCACUGCUUGCAAGAGGCUCCUUGAGAAGGUUGGACUUACGGGCUAUCAGAUUGGUAAAACCAAGGUAUUUCUUAGGGCUGGUCAAAUGGCAGAACUGGAUAGUCGUAGGAGUGAGGUCUUAGGAAAAUCAGCUAGCAUUAUUCAAAGGAAAGUUCGGUCAUAUUUGUCUCGCAGAAGUUUUAUCAUGCUGCGCCGGUCUGCGAUACAGAUUCAAUCUGCUUGCAGAGGGCAACUUGCUCGUCACGUCUAUGAGAACAUGCGUAGGGAGGCUGCUUCUCUGAGAAUCCAAAGAGAUCUACGCAUGUAUCUUGCUAGGAAAGCAUACAAAGAUUUGCGUUAUUCUGCUAUUUCAAUCCAAACAGGCAUGCGUGGGAUGGCUUCUCGGGAUGAGUUACGCUUCAGAAGACAGACUAGAGCAGCAAUUAUGAUCCAGAGUCAAUGUCGCAAAUACUUGGCCCGAUUUCAUUUUACGAAGUUAAAGAAAGCAGCAAUCACGACACAAUGUGCAUGGAGAGGCAGAGUUGCUCGUACGGAACUGCGAAAGCUUAAGAUGGCUGCAAGAGAAACUGGAGCUCUUCAAGCUGCCAAGAAUAAAUUGGAAAAGCAAGUUGAAGAAUUAACAUGGAGACUUCAGCUAGAGAAACGCAUGAGGGCUGACAUGGAAGAAGCCAAAACGCAAGAAAAUGCAAAAUUACAUUCUGCUUUGCAAGAAAUGCAACUUCAGUUCAAAGAAACUAAAGAAAUACUUGUAAAGGAACGUGAGGCUGCCAAAAAGGUGGCAGAAAAAGUUCCUGUUAUACAGGAGGUUCCAGUAGUAGACCAUGCGGCCCUGGAGAAGCUUACUACAGAAAAUGAGAAACUCAAGGCUCUGGUAACGUCGCUAGAAAAGAAAAUUGAUGACACGGAGAAAAAAUUUGAAGAGACAAGCAGAAUAAGUGAGGAAAGAUCGAAGCAAGCUUUGGAGGCAGAAACAAAAAUAGUCGAACUGAAGACUGCUAUGCAUAGGCUUGAAGAAAAGUUCUCUGACAUUGAAAUGGAGAACCAAGUUCUUCGGCAGCAAGCGCUAUUACACACACCUGCAAAGAAGAUGUCAGAGCGUCCUCCAAUUCCAGCAACUCCGAGUUUGGAAAAUGGUCACCAUCCAAAUGAUGAGAAUAGAGCCAAUGAGCCACAAAGUGCAACACCUGUAAAGACGUUUGGCACGGAGGCAGACAGCAAGUUGAGGAGAUCCUACAUUGAACGUCAACAUGAGAGUAUUGAUGCUCUGAUUAACUGUGUAACAAAUAACAUUGGGUUCAGUCAUGGAAAGCCAGUUGCUGCAUUUACCAUCUACAGAUGUCUUCUCCACUGGAAAUCUUUUGAAGCAGAAAGGACUAGUGUGUUUGAUCGUCUCAUUCAAAUGAUUGGUUCUGCAAUUGAGAAUGAAGAAAACAAUGAACAUAUGGCUUAUUGGUUGUCAAAUACAUCUACUUUAUUGUUUUUACUGCAACGAAGUCUGAAGGCAGCUGGUGCUAGUGGUGCAACUCCACCUCGGAAACCUCCCUCAGCAACAUCCUUGUUUGGGCGGAUGACCAUGGGUUUUCGCUCAUCACCUUCUUCUUCCAACCUUGCUGCUGCUGCUGCUCUAGCUGUCGUGCGCCAAGUAGAGGCAAAAUAUCCAGCCUUGCUUUUCAAGCAACAGCUUGCCGCAUAUGUAGAGAAAAUUUAUGGAAUUAUUCGAGACAACUUGAAGAAGGAGUUGGCAUCUUUGCUUUCCUUGUGCAUUCAGGCACCCAGAACUUCUAAGGGAAAUGUACUAAGAUCUGGACGAUCCUUUGGGAAGGAUUCUCCUUCAAGUUAUUGGCAGAGCAUUAUCGACAGUCUCAACACUCUCCUCAGUACUUUGAAGCAAAAUUUUGUACCUCCAGUUCUUAUCCAGAAGAUCUUCACUCAAACUUUCUCAUAUAUCAACGUGCAAUUGUUUAACAGUCUUCUCCUCCGUCGCGAGUGUUGUACAUUUAGCAAUGGUGAAUAUGUAAAAGCUGGGUUAGCUGAGCUAGAGCUAUGGUGCGUCCAGGCAAAAGAAGAGUAUGCAGGUCCAUCUUGGGAUGAACUUAAGCACAUAAGACAGGCUGUUGGGUUUUUGGUCAUACAUCAGAAGUACAGAAUAUCCUAUGAUGAAAUCACUAAUGAUCUAUGUCCUAUCUUGAGUGUUCAGCAACUAUAUAGAAUCUGUACACUUUACUGGGAUGACAAUUACAAUACUCGGAGUGUGUCACCUGGUGUCAUUUCUAGCAUGAGGGUACUUAUGACAGAAGACUCCAACAAUGCUGUUAGCAAUUCCUUUUUGUUGGAUGACAAUUCCGGCAUUCCCUUCUCUGUGGAUGACCUUUCUAAUUCUCUGCAAGAGAAAGAUUUCUUGGAUGUUCAGCCAGCAGAGGAGCUACUCGAGAACCCAGCCUUCCAGUUUUUACACGAGUGA